UGCCGCCGGGCCCCUUGGGUUCCGCCGCUCCGAAACGCCCCGCCGGCAAGCGGGCGAUUCGAUCGGGAUCCACCGCCCCGCCUGUCGCGGUUGCCAGUAAGAUCGAUUCCUCCACCUCCGUGCGGCCAUUCUUCGGGUCUUUAUUUCCGAAUCCGGUUCCCCUCUUGCGACGUAGUGUGCGGGCGAUCCGUGCAUUGGUUGGAUCGGAUUGGCGACGCCAUUGGUGGGCGCUUCGCAGGUCCCGAUCGGAAACCGAACCCGUGGCGUGGUAGGAUCGGAUCGGAGGCGGACGCCGGAGGGUCUGCCGCUUCUGGCCAAUCUCGCGGCUAUAUCAACUAAACCCUGUUCAGAUGCGCUGUGAUAUUAUUGGAGCCGCAGCGGCAGCGAAAAGAUUCACGGCGCCCUCAUCCAGUCCCACCGGUUCCGGAACAAUUGAAUUAAACUCAAUUGAGGGCGAGAUGGGAUUAUAGGCGCGGGCAUAGGCGUGUAGCGGUGAUCCCCUAGGGUUUCCUUGCUGGCCGGAGGAAACUCUAGGGAUCUUUCUCUUUUUUUCUCCAUGGUUUACACUAGCACAAAUAGUGUAAACAGCUCGGCUCUCGGUUCUACUGGUGUUCCACUCUUAGGGGUUUGUGCCUCCCCGGCGCGACACUGGUUGGGAAUCAACAAAGAAGAAGAUGUCGGCGGCCGGUGUCGCAACGCUCAGCCCCCUGAAGGACCAACUUGCUCUUGUGCCACCAUGUCUGUUUGGGGCGCAGCCACUGGAUUCGAUUCUCAUCUUCCUUGCUGUGCCCGGCAAGCCACUGCUGCCUAUGCGUGUACUGGAUUCGGAGUCUGUCGCCUCUGUCAAGCUCCGGAUCCAGCGGUUCAAGGGCUUUGUCGUGACAAAGCAGAGGCUUGUGUUCGGCGGGCAUGAGCUUACACGCAACAGCUCCCGUGUCAGGGAUUAUGGGCUUGCUGAUGGCAAUGUUGUUCACCUAGUUGUCCGGUUGGCUGAUCUUCGUGCAAUAACAAUCGAGACUGCCAAUGGGAAGAAGUUUAAGUUCCAGGUGGACAGUGGCCGCAAUGUUGGGUACCUCAAGAACAAGAUUGCUGCUGAGACCGGGGAGGAAAUCGAGAGCCUAAAGGAUCAAAGGCUUGUACUUGGUGAUGAGGAGCUCGAGGAUCACCAGUUGAUCACUGAUAUUGCGAAGAAGGGUGAUGUAGUGAUUCACAUGUUUAUCCGUGAGCCAGCAAAGGUGCGAACAAAAACUAUUGAUAAAGAAACUGUGGUUACAGUUGUUACCCCUGAAGACAAAGGAAACAUCCACAUAGAUGCUGCCUUGAACAAUAUAGAACUAGCUAAUCGUGGAGGUGCUCCAGUUGAGCUUAUUGCCGUUAAUAGAAAUGUGCAGUUUUCUCCUGCCAUUACGGAUAUGAUUGGCACAACAAUUGCUGGUCUGGAAAAUGGACACCUUCCUGUCAUGUCAGCAGAAGGUUCAGGGGGAGUCUAUUUUAUGAAGGAUCAGUCAGGUGAAAGCAAUAUUGCAGUGUUCAAGCCUAUAGAUGAGGAACCCAUGGCAGAGAACAACCCCAGGGGCCUUCCUUUGUCAGUUGAUGGUGAGGGGUUGAAAAGGGGCACACGAGUCGGGGAAGGCGCACUAAGAGAGGUAGCGGCAUAUCUUCUGGACCAUCCAAUUGAUGGGUGCAGAUCCCACGAUGGUACAGGAUUUUCUGGCGUACCUCCCACUGCAUUGGUUUGUUCUUUUCAGAUGGGGGAGCUUAAAAUUGGAUCAUUGCAGAUGUUUGUGGAGAAUCAGGGAAGUUGUGAGGAUAUGGGCCCUCAUGCUUUUUCUGUCAAGGAGGUUCAGAAAAUUGCUGUGUUAGAUAUUAGGUUGGCGAAUGCUGAUCGUCAUGCAGGGAAUAUACUAGUGUGCCAAGAUGGAGAUCACAUGCAGUUGGUUCCAAUUGAUCAUGGAUACUGCCUCCCAGAGAAGUUUGAAGAUUGCACGUUUGAGUGGCUCUACUGGCGCCAAGCACGCGAACCCUUCAGUACGGAAACCCUAGCAUACAUCAAAUCACUUGAUGCCAGCAAAGACAUUGCCCUGCUCAAGUUCCAUGGGUGGGAGCUGUCGUCUCAGUGUGCCCGUGUUCUUCAAGUGAGCACCAUGCUCCUGAAGAAGGGUGCAGAGAGGGGGCUUACACCUUACGACAUUGGCAGCAUCUUGUGCAGGGAAACGGUGAAUAAAGAAUCUGAAAUUGAGGCCCUGAUCGAAGAAGCAGAGGACUCUGUCCUUCCAGAGACCAGCGAGGAAACCUUCUUGGAGACAGUAUCAGAGAUCAUGGACCGUCUUCUCGAUAACAUGCUGUAAAAUUACCAUGUGUAUCCAUUGAUUGCAUCGAGCUGUAGAUUUUUAAGUUUAGAAGUCUAUCUCAAUAACGAGCUAGGACGUUCUAGCCUUUUACAUUUUCCAACAAUACUUUGUGAAUAUAUAUUCUGAAAUAAAAUCAUCCAAAGUCUCAGCAGUAUUUUACAAACCA